CACCAUAGAGGCGGGUUGGACUAUACUAUUCCGUAUAGGCAGAGGGUAUUUGCCUCCAGUAGAGUAAAAGGAUCACCCUCCCACAUCCUCUUCUAGUUGUUAACGUUUAUUUUGUAAGGCGAAACACAAAAGAUAGGAAAUGGAAUAACUUCAUGUAGAAAUUAAAUAAGAUGCCUGGAGAAAGACAGCAAAGAACCGAGAGUGCCACCCCGUUCCAUAAGUUAGAGUGGUUUCUCCCACCAGACCAGCUGCUCGCUUCCUGAUAGUAUUCGUCCACGCUCGCUCUCCUGCCUCAACUGUCAGGAGAGUUUUUAGGAUCGGCUCCUGUUCAUCUGGCGGGGAGGCGGUUGGCGAUGCGCAUGUCCUAGUGGGAGAAAGGAAGGCGGGACUGAGGCGGUGGUAUGAGAGGACGCGAACGCUGCGGUGCCUUUUCGUCCCGCUUGACGGCUUUUUGACAAGGGACGUUGCUGGAGCUGAGAGCGGCAGGUGGUGUGAAGCAUCUGAGCGAGGCAAGCCAAAAGAGGAAGACGGGAAAGAGUGUGGCGGCAGCGGCGGCUCUCGUCAGCCUCCGAGAAGUAACCAAUCCUUAUUUGCCUGCUGAUCAGUCAGCGCUGCCUGUUCAUUAGAAGUCUGAGGUUCUUUUGUUGCUGUCCCAGCUGAUCAUCUGUAAAUCUGACAGGCCAGAUUGUUAGGCCAUGCCUUCCUGAUGUGUGCGUCAGAGAGCUCUGAUUUUUUUGCUCGGGGAUUAGUCAGGCUGCUUUUGGAAACGCCCUCAGCUGCACCUUCUGCUGCUAUAUUAGUGUUUACUUAACAGGAAGAAAUUUCUUUUUGCUGCUGCAGCUGCCUCAGCAAGCUCCUCUGCCUGUAUGCAAGCCCUGCAUCUCUGGAGUCUGCUUGUCACCUGUGCUGUUGCAGUAGGAAAGAAUCAAGAACAGAAGAAGCAAGAGUGCUCUAACCUCAGCACACAGAUGCCCGAAUUUCAGAAGAAAACAGUCCAUAUCAAGGACCCAGAAAGAGUGGAAGAAAUUAUUUGUGGCCUCAUCAAAGGAGGAGCUGCCAAACUUCAGAUAAUUACAGACUUUGAUAUGACUCUAAGUAGAUUUUCCCACAAUGGCAAAAGAUGUCCAACAUGUCAUAACAUCAUUGACAACUGCAAACUCAUAGCAGAUGAAUGUCGCCAAAAGUUAUUCCAACUGAAAGAAAUAUAUUAUGCUAUUGAAAUUGAUCCAAGUCUUACAAUUGAAGAGAAGUAUCCUUACAUGGUUGAGUGGUACAACAAAUCUCAUGCUUUGCUUAUUGAACAAGGAUUGCAAAAGGACAAACUUGCUGAAAUUGUGAAGGAGUCUGAUGUUAUGCUGAAAGAAGGGUAUGAGAAUUUCUUCGAUAAACUACAUGAACAUAAUAUUCCUGUAUUCAUAUUUUCUGCUGGAAUUGGAGACAUCUUAGAAGAGGUCAUUCAUCAAGCUGGUGUCUACCAUCCCAAUGUCAAAGUAGUUUCCAACUUCAUGGAUUUUGAUGAGAAUGGCAUAUUAAAAGGAUUUAAAGGGGAACUGAUUCAUGUCUACAACAAACACAAUGGUGCCUUGAAGAAUACAGAGUACUUCAAACAGUUAAAGGACAACAGCAACAUAAUAUUGCUUGGUGAUUCCCAAGGAGAUUUAACUAUGGCAGAUGGAGUGGCAAAUGUAGAGCAUAUUCUUAAGAUAGGGUAUCUCAAUGAUAAAGUUGAAGAGCUGUUGGAAAAAUAUAUGGACUCUUAUGAUAUUGUGUUGAUGAAAGAUGAGUCUUUAGAUGUGGCCAACUCAAUCCUACAGAAGAUUCUGUAAAAUUCAUCUGCUUGUUUGGAAUAUGUUCAUUUUCCUCCUAAUGAAAGCAAUUGGACUGAUCAGCAUGUCUGUGCUAUCUUAGAAUGUUAAUAUUGAUGCUGUUUUCUAUGGGAGUCACUUUAUUUGUAAUGUAAUAUGCUGUAUCCAUGAUCAUCUGGAAGCUCUUCUGCUGCACACCCUUCACUUUUAAUUGGACCCCUUAUUUAUUCUAAUGGAUAGACUGUAUGGAUAACUGAAAAAGAGCUCCUUCUGUCUUCAUGCACAGUAAAAGAAUAUUUUCAGAAUAUGUGGGAUUGCUGUAGAAAAUGCACAAGGAAUAUGGUGAACACAUGCAAAUAAAUGACUUGAUUACAGUUCAUUAAAGCUGCACCUUUUGAGUUUAA